UACAGUCAGACCAGGUGGACAGAGCUUGAUAGCUGGUGGAACUUGGUGUCCUGGGAGGAAUGAGCUUGCGACUAUGCGGUCCGUCUGCUUUCUCCCUCUGCGUGGUAGAAUCUUGAUUCCAUAUUUCUUACAGGUCGAAUCUGAUGCGCAACUCCAAACCGUUUAGAGACAUAAUUUCCGCUCCCGACUUUGUCAAAAUUUUCGGAGAAGCUAAACCUCAGUCGAAAGGGGAACGGUCGAAUAUAUUUGGCGCUGAGGAUGAGCUGAAGGUUGCUCCGAAAGGAGUGGUCAAGGACCAUAAGGAUAUCGACCUGCUGAAGUGUCGAUCUUUUGCUGUCGUUCAUCGGUUCCUAGAUUCUGAAGUCCUGGAAUCGGAUUUCAACCAGAAACUAGCAAACGUAGCAAGGGUCUUGCAGCCGUUUGUCCAUUGCUUAAACGAUCUAAUGACGCUGCAAGACCAUGAAGAAGAAGAAGGAGACGAGGUGGGGUAGGCUGAAUUUUUUUCGUCUGGGUUUGACCCUGGUGGCACCCUCUUUUGUGGUAUCUUUUCGGUCCCAUUUGUUUUCGAUAUACACCUGCAGGCCGAGGUGCACUCUUACCAUCACCCCCUUGACUGGAGGUCGAUCUGUAUACGAGAUAAACACUUCCAAC